AUGGUAGACAAAUCCCAACAGACUGAAGUGACAGAGAAAAAGAAACACUUACCCAUACCACAAUCAUGUGGUCCCAAAGCUACCCAUAAUAUUAGUAGUAUUCCUGGAAGCAAAGUCAACUAUGAAUCUCUUAAAGUAUCUUCUCAGCUUCAGCAAACUUGGACAAAGAGGAAGCAUGUGCAAGAUAAGACUGAUAAAUCUUUGCAGACAGACCCUCCUGAAGAAGAGAAGAAAGGAAUCAAGCCCGUUGGUGCAGCAGUGGUGCCUGAAGAAAAGCCAGCUGCUGUUGAAGAAGCAGUUCCUGAAUUUCCAGAGAGUGUUCAUGAAGUAGAAAUUCCACCAAGCAAACACUCAGCUCAACUCAAAUUAGACAAACCUGAGCAAACCAGUAGUGUUGGAGACAGGACAAUGAUGAAUAUUCCUCAAAUGGAAAAAGCAGACAAAGAACAGCAGAGACACUUAGGUGAAUCAGAAAUGGUUAUUGGUAGGCCAAGUUCUUUUUCAAAGUCAAAAGAGGGUGUGCAGAAACAUAAAUCCGCAGGGAAUAUUUUCAUUACUGAACAUCCUGAAUUUAAACCCCAUACAAGUAGCAAUGAAGAAAUUGGGCAGAAAAGUAUCAACAGAUCUUCAUUUAAUCAACAAAUGAAAAAAGGUACUCCAGUACUUUUAGAUGAGCACGACUUUCCAAUUGAAGUACAGCCUCCCAGGGUAGAAAAGAUCUCUGCUGAAGUGAAACCUCCACCAGCUGAGAAGGCUACUGCAGAAAACGCCCCUGAUAAACUUCAGUCUCCAACAGCUGAGGAAGCUUCUGCAGAAAAGGCCCCUGCUAAAGUAGAGCCUACUCCUGCUGAAGAGGCUCUUUCAGAAGAACCUCCCUCUGAAGUUCAGCCUCCAAUAGCUGAAAAGGCUCCUGUUGAAAUACAGCCUUCCACAGUUGAAGAAGCUUCUACAGAGGAGGCCCCUGAUGAAGUUCAGUCUCUACCAGCUGAGGAAGUCCCUGCAGAAGUCUCUGCUAAACUAGCACCUAGUCCUGCUGAAGAAGCUCUUUCAAAAGAGUCUUCUGUUGCUGUUGAGCCUCUAUCAACUGAAGAGGCUCCUACACAAGAAGUGACAGAAUUUCAAUUUCUGCUACCUGUCAGGGCCCCUGCAGAACAGUUCCCAUCUAAACUUCAGCUUCAAUCAGCUGUGGAGUCUCCUUCGGAGGAGACCACAGCAGGAGAGGCCCCUGUUGAAGGUGAAUCUCCAGUAGCUGAGGAGGCCCCUGCAGAAGAGGCACCAACUAAACUACAGCCUUCACCAGCUGAGGAGGCCUCUGCGAAAGAGACCCCAGCUGAAGUUCAGUCUCCACCAGCUGAGGAGUUCCCUGAAAAAGAGACCCCAGCUGAAGUUCAGUCUCCACCAGUUGAGGAGUUCCCUGAAGAAGAGGCCCCAGCCAAAGUACAGCCUCCACCAGCUGAGGAGUUCCCUGUGGAAGAGGCCCCAGCUAAAGUACAGCCUCCACCAGCUGAGGAGUUCCCUGUGGAAGAGGCCCCAGCUAAAGUACAGUCUCCACCAGCUGAGGAGUUCCCUGUGGAAGAGGCCCCAGCUAAAGUACAGUCUCCACCAGCUGAGGAGUUCCCUGCAGAAGAGGCCCCAGCUAAAGUACAGUCUCCACCAGCUGAGGAGUUCCCCGUGGAAGAGGCCCCAGCUAAAGUACAGUCUCCACCAGCUGAGGAGACUUCUGCACAGGAGGUCCCUGCUGAAUUUCAGCUUACAUCAUCUGAAGAAACUACUUCAGAAAUGAUCCCUUUUGACAAACAGCAUCCAUCAUCUGAAGAGUCCACAAUUCCACUUAUCUCUAUAAAAUACUCUACUGAAGAAUUUCAGCUUCCACUAUCUGAACAAACCCCUGCAGAUGAGGCUCUGGUAGAGAAUGUGUCUACUGAAUAUCAAUCUUCCAGGAAAACAGAUGUUUCAGUGGUAAAAUCAGAAUUACUGACUUUAAAAGAUAAGCCAAAAUCUGAAGCACCUUUAGUAUUGGAUUCUGUUUCUGAAGAGUUGUCUAAUAUCAAGAAAUAA